AUGGCUGAGGCUUCUGUAUCGCGAUCUAUGUCAAGUGUAAGCACAACAUUAAGUGUUGCACAGAAGAUAGAUUCAUUACUUCAAGGAGAUUCGGGUUUAAUUGAUAAGAUCUUUCCAAUUUUAGACCAAGUUAUGCAAAAAACGAAGUACCCAGGUUGGUUAAUGGGAGUUAUUGCCAUAUUCUUAUUGAAUCAGAUAUUAUCCGUUACAUUAUGGGUCUAUACCCCAAUUUUUCGGAGAAGUACGGGAACUUGGUAUAAGUUUUACAAGGUUUUAAUUGAGAUAUUCUCAUUCCAAGAUCCAUUAAAUUAUGAUAGAACAGAUGGUAUCAGUUUAACCAUUACAAUAGUUGUUGCAGUCUUUUCCGUUAUAUGGUUUUUAUUGAUGAUUCUCUAUAAUAACAAGUUUUAUCAAAUUCCAACUGCAUUACUUUAUAUUACUUCGUUUAUACUUGAUAUGGUGGAUCCAUUGUUCAUCAUGCCAAGUAUUUACGUUAUAAAUCAUGGAAUCACCUCAUUACGUUUUAAAUAUAGCGGUGUUUUUGUGACAGAAAUAAUUAUUGGUGCAGUAUCAUAUGCAAUCUUUAUUACAAUCUUCUUAAUCAACACUUUCUUGAAAUCCAGAUCCGUAGUUUUGACAAACUUCUUGUUCCCAUUAUUUGAUCACUUCUCAAUCACUACAUGGGUUGUAGCAACAUCAAUGUUUUCAGUCCUAUCAGCUAUUUUUGAGUAUUUCCAACAUUGGAUUUAUUGCGUCGCUGCUAUUCUUCAUAUCUUCCUUACGAUAUACAUUUGCUAUCGCUUAAUGUUUAUUCCUUUCUAUGAAGUGUGGAGAAAUGCUAUAUGUUUAUCUUAUGGUUUCACAACAAUCGCAUUAGAUAUUAAUUUCAUUGUUAUCUACGCAAAUCCAAGUUUCACAUAUAAUUACACAAUAUUUGUAUACAUUGGCGUGAUUUUCAUCGGUUAUGCAAUUGCGAAAUAUUAUUUUAUGCGUAUGGUCAAGAAGAUAAAGAAGGAUUUGACAUUUGAUGAAGAUAUAUCCAACAUUCAAGAAUAUUUCGAUAGUAUCCGUGUUGGAAGGAGCUCAUUAUAUGCAAUGAUGUACAUCGUUGUUGGCCUUUCUGAAGUCGCUGACUACUUUAUCGAUGGUUCAUUAACAGAUUAUAUAUUAAACUUAGGAACAUUAGACUCAGCAGUCUCUAUUUUGUUACAAGUCGUCACAUUUUUCCCUUCAGAGAGUAGAAAAAUGGGUGUUUUGUACAAAAAAGUUGUUUCAAAGAGAAGAUUAGAUAUAACAGAUAGAUUCCUUAUAUACCAAGUCUACAGAAUCAAAAUGCGUCGUUUAGUUUCAGAUACAAAGGAUACACUUGAAAUCUUCAAUAAACUUAGACAAAGAAAUGAAGAUUGCAAACAGAUUAUUAAUGGUUUCUGGGAUAAACAAGAUUGCAAUCAAGAAUAUCUUUCUUCUCUCAGUAUCUUAGUUAAUGAUAUUGAUGCCCAUUUCAAAUCCGUUCUUGCAAACAAUCCAAAUAACUUGAGAAUCACAAAUGAAUAUGCAAACUUCUUAAUUGAGUGCAGAUGUGAAUUCAAUCAAGCAGUCAAAGAAAGUGUUAUUGCAGAUUCAAUUGGUAAUGGAAGAAACUUCAAUGUUGAUGUCAGUUUCAGAUCAGUUGUUAACAAAUUCCCAAGAUAUCUUAAAGACAAAAUUUUGGAUACAAAAGGUAAAAGAAUCACGCAAAAAGGUCUUGAUAGAAAGAAAAAUAGUUCACAAUUUAGCUCUCAGAAUGGUUCACAGAACAGUUCAAAUAACUCAUCAUUAACACGAUCUCUUUCUGUUGAUUUUGAGCGUCAAGAAUUUGUUUGCAAGAAGAUUUUAAGAGACAGUAAAGUCAGAUUAGCCUUCCAUAAUGCUGUUUCAGAAACAAGACCAUGGCAAGCAGAUAUCAUUUCAGUUUUGAUGGCAUUCAAUGUUGCUUUGACAAUUGUUUUCUUCAUUGGAUUUUAUGGAUUCAUGAAACAAAGAGUUAGCUGGAGAAGAUCAAGUUACAGAGAUUUAGAAAAUGCUUGCUACACAAUCUUCUACAAUAUUUUAUCAGAUGUCUACACAUUGAAUGAUUUCGCUUAUCAGUCUGGUAGAUAUGAUAACAAUGCCGCUGUUUUAGGAGAUAUUUCAAUUGAUAAUGGUGUAACUAGUCCAUUAGUUCCAGAUACAUUAGAUAUGCCUGAUAAGAUAUAUUAUUGUUUAGAUCAUAGCAGAAGUUAUUUGGAGAAGUUCUUGGAUCAGUUAGCUGUUUUAGCUUUGGAUAAUAAUCCAUAUACAAUUGCUCCUGAUGUUUUAUAUUCAAGAACUAAUUUCACUUAUUGUGAUAAUGGAACAGCAGCUGAUAAAAUUCCUACAUCAUUAAAGGACCAAUUAAUUACAAUUGAUUACCUUCAAAAUGUUAUUGCAGGAACUUUCAAAUCAGGAGAAAAGAUUGAUAAUCUUUAUAUAAAUAAUGAAUAUUGCGAAAUAGCUGUUAAUAUUCAUACAGUUGCUACUUAUUCAGAUCAGACAUUCCAGAACAUUUUGAAUUAUAAUAUCCAAGAAUCAAAAGAUUACAAGAAAGAGUUCUUAUCAUGGUUGAUUGUUGGUGCUUGUGUUAUAUUCUUUGGCAUCUCUUUACCAGCUGUAAUUGUUAUCAAGACAUACAAUAAAAUGGUUGAUGACAUGAUUAGAAGUUUAAUUUCAUUGCCAUGUGAAGUGAAAGAAGAUGCAAAGAAACCAUUGAUGUUAGAAUAUGAAGAUUCAUCAAUGCAUGUUUCAUCACAAAAACUUGAUAAAUCCUAUAUUAUGAAGAUUUUACAAGUUUUGUUCUUCUUCUUUAUAUUCUGUGCAGUUGCCGUUUAUGUACUGUUAUGUUAUGAAGCAAUCAUCUUAAAUGAUGACAUAACAAUGAUUCUUAAAUGGUUCCAUUAUUCAUGCUCAAGAAUUGUUUUGGGAUCAGAAAUUGGUGUCAAUGUAAUCCAAACAAUUUUACUUAAUGGGUCAUUACCACAAACAAUUGUAAAUGUUUCAUUUGUUGAAGAAACAGCAAGGAAAGAUCUCGACAAAUUGUUGACAUAUAACCAUGCUUUGAUUUAUGGUAACGAAAACAUUUCAAGAUCCAUUGGCUUCGAUAAGAAAUUUGAUGAAAUGCAAUUACAAAAUGUUUGUGAAUUAGAUCAUGAUCCAAAGACAAUUCAUGAUAUGUAUGCUUGUUCAUCAAUUGAUUCACAAGUACAAAUCUUUAAGAACAUGGUUGUUGACGUUCUUAAUAAUCCAGCAAAAUACCAGGGAAAUUUGAAUUCAGAAGUUGCAGAAAAUAUGAUGCAUCUUUUAAGAAAUCACUUCUAUCCAAGUGUUGUUAAGGCAACAGAAAGAAUUGCAGCAUUAAUGGAAGAGUUUUAUGAUAGAAAGAUGAACUUAGAAGCUGUUUUUGUUGUUCUCGGAUUCAUUUGCUUGAUUUUCAUUUUAGUUUUACCAGCAAUUUUCAAAGUUUUAGUUUUAAAUAACUAUGCAAAUUUAAUGAUGUUGUUCCAACAUUUGCCACCACAAACAAUCUUGAAUUCACCAGAAAUUAUGAAGUUCUUCACAGGAAAGAAGAAAAACUCCGGAGAUGAAAAGAUGCCAGUAUCAAAAGCUAUUGUUUAUGAUGCUAAUGAAUGCAUUAUUAUUACAAACCAAGCAUCAGUUAUCGAAAUUCUCAACAAAUCUGUUGCAGAAAACAUCGGAUUAACUCCAGAUCAAAUGUUAGGCCAACAAAUUGCAAACUUUGUUUCAACAGAAGACCAACCAAGAUUGAACAAACAAAUCGAUUUGAUGGUUAAUGGCCAAGGUCCAGCAAUUUGGGAAGAUCAUUUAACAUUACUCGAUGAAGAUUCUCAAGCAAUUCCUUUCGCUGCUACAAUGAUUGGAAUGAAAGAUAAUGAGAAUUCAACAACAUUUAAUUCAAUCGUUUUCAUUUUAACAAAUGAACAAGAGGAAAUACAGAAGAGGAAAGAAGCAGAAGAAGCUAAAGCUAAAUCAGAGAAGUUAUUGUAUCAGAUCUUGCCAAAGGAUAUUGUUAUCAGACUCAAUAGAGGUGAAACAGAUAUUUCUUUCACCAUCAAAAGUGCUACAAUUUUCUUUGUUGAUAUCGUUAAAUUCUCUGCUUAUACAGCUUUACUUACACCAACAGAUAUCAUGGCAAACUUGAGUUUAGUCUUUGCUACAUAUGAUCAGAUUGUUUCUCAAUAUGAUUUGAUAACAAAGAUCAAAUUAAUUGGUGAUGAUUACAUGGCAGCAGCUGGUUUGUUCAUGAAAGAAGAUGAUGAUCCAAAGAAACAUGCUGAACAAGCUGUAAGAUGUUGUAUUCAAAUUAGUAAAGCAUUAGAUGAAAUCAAUGCAAAGUUAAAUGCUUCUCUUGAAGUUAGAAUUGGCUGCAACAGUGGUGGUCCACUGAUUGGCGGUGUUUUAGGUACAGAUAAACCAACAUUCGAUAUCAUUGGUGAUCCAAUCAAUGUCGCUGCAAGACUACAGUCAACAGAUGUACCAGGAAAUGUUCAAAUUUCAGGUGAAACAAAAGAACUCAUUCAAGACUUAGAUUUCAAUAUUGAAGAAAGAGGCGAAGUAUUCCUUAAAGGUAAGGGAAAUAGAAUGACAUAUUUUGUCAGUCUAGCUCAGAAAGUUGAUCCAGAAGGUUCAUUUGUAGUGAACCUCAAUUAA